AUGGAUCCCAACUACAAUCAACAGUACCAGGAAUCAGGACCUCGUCCUCACCCCUACCUCCAUGAACCUCUCUUAUAUAUCACUAACAUUCCCCCUUAUAUUACCGAUGAAAACCUUGCCAUGGCUUUUGUCAACUGCGGACCAUUCAGGCCCAAAAUUCAGCGCGAUGGCUCGCAGAACCUGCUCUCAGGCACCAUUGAGUUCAAGUUCCUCGACAAGGCUGAGAAGGCCUUGACAAUCCUGCAGUCGCGUAAUAUUCCAGAGACCAUGCCGCCUGUACCGUUGGUUCUGUCGCCUUACCCACCCACGAACCCACCCACGCCCUUGCCCCCUCCGUCGGCAUUGCCCCGGCUUGUAAAGCAGCUUCCGCCAGACUACACAGACUCCCAGCUCUACGACAUAUUCAGGCCCUUCGGAGCUCUGGCGUCUGCGCAAACACACACUCAGUUUGGCCCCGACGUCGCAAUGAUCGAGUUCUGGAACGAGGAAGAUGCUAUCCAUGCGGAGGAAGCCAUGCACUGUGCGGAAAUCGAAGGACAGAACAUCUCAGUGCAGCUUUACCAGCCUUUGAGGCGCAGCUUGAACAGUCCGCCCGAGUUCAAUGUCGCUGCUCCAACGUUUAUCCCCUCGGGUUUGUCGUAUUCGCCUUACCCGACACAGUAUUCCCCUCAUUCGCCGCCUCGAGCAAAUCCCUAUUCUCCUGUUCGAUCACCGAUACAGGCUCCUGUGCCGUUUUUGCAUGGCCCUGGACAGCAAGUACAGUUGGCACCUUCAAAUGGCCCGGGAUCGGCUAGCCACAGUGGACUCAUCGAUCCUUGCAACUUGUUCUGUAAAAACUUGAGUCCAGAAAUCGAUUCUAACAGUCUUUUCGCUCAUUUCAGCAGGUUCGGCCAAAUCGUCAGUGCUCGAGUCAUGCGUAAUGAAAACGGAGAUAGUCGUGGAUUUGGCUUUGUGUCGUAUCAUCAGCCAGAACAUGCUGCUGAAGCUAUGCGUGUGAUGAAUGGGACUCAGCUGGGCACCAAGCAGAUUGUAGUUCGCCUCCACGAACCCAAGCAACUCCGUCAAGAAAAGUUGGCGCAUCGGUUCAGCAACAAUGGACACCCAAGGAGGUCCUCAAGUGGCGCUACGAGUCCGACAGCAUCAGAAGCUGGUGAUUAUAGCGGAUGGAAUAGCCCACGGACUUAUUCGACAAGUCUUGUUGGGUCUCCUGCUCUAUCCCCUAAGCCCGCUACACAUUUCGAACGACCUGAGCGGGGACGGAGGGGGUCUGCUAGCUACUACACAGCUGCCCUCAAUGGUACACUCAACGUUCCCAUGACCUAUAAUUCCCUAUCUACUCUAUCCCCCGUGGUACGAAAGGAAGUCCUCACUGGAGAACUGAGCCGCCGUCUGAAGGCCAUGGAAGCAGUCGAGGAUAGCGCUGUUGAUUCGAUCGUGGAGUCGAUUGUAAACCUUUCGCUCAGCAAUGUCCUGCAGUACCUCGACGAUCCGGCCAAGCUGGCAGACCAGGUGGAUAGCUACAAAAGCAAGCAUCCCAAGGUUGAUGCACCGGAGCCUGUGGCUACUCCUGCUGGAUCUGACCGUGCUUCCCAAGAUUCGCGGGGCCUUGAUGUCAACCCCGCAACUGCCAGUGCACCGGAGCAUCCUUCGACACCGGUAUCCGUUAGUCCUUCACUAUUGACACCGCCGCGUACAUCCUCGCCUGCUGGUUCAGUCCCGCCUAUGUCAGAGCGUGAUAGAAUAUAUGCCGCCAUUUCCAAGCUCGAGUCCUCGCGGCAAACGGAGCUUACAGAGCUAAUCAUGAGCCUUCCCAAACGCGAGCGAGCGAUGUGCCUUUUCAAUGCUGAGGUUCUUCGGCUCAAGCUGGUGGAUGCGAAGAUGGUGUUGGACAGCGCAGACGAAGAGGAUGUAUCACCACCUGCAGCGACCGAUGCGCAGUCGACUAAGUCGGCACCUGCACCGGUGCCCGUGACGCCUCAGGCGAAGAAGAUCGCACCACCGGCGGAGGCGUCGCCUAGGACGCCUGACCUGUCUUCGCGAGGACCAUCAGUGACGGCUUCGCCUACACCUGUUACGCCUGCGAGCAACGCUUCUGCAUCUGCCCAUACGAUCGCGUCGCUGGCGAAAUUGCCAGCUGCUGAAAUUGUCAGGCUUGCGAAUUCUUCGUCUGCAACUGGCCUGCCUUUGCCCAAGGCGGAUCCUCUUAUUGUGCAGGCUACUGAUGAGUUUAUUGAUGGUCUGUUGGAUAAGCAGAUUCAAGUUCAGAAACAGGCUUUGGGAGAGAAAUUGUUCAAAGUUAUCAAAUCUUUAGGAGUGAAGGGUGCACCGAAGAUUACCAUUGCGCUCUUGGAUCAAGAAGAUCUUCGUGCGCUUGCGCACCUGAUGAACAGCUAUACGCCCGUGCUCAAGGAAAAAGCGCUCGCGCUUGCUGUCACCAAGUAG